AUGCCCCCUUAUAGCGUCGGAGAUCUGCAUGUAGAUUCCUGCUCGAAAAUGACAUUGUUUGAGGAUGAGGUGGUGUAUGGACGCGACUUUGUCCCGAUGCCAGAGUGUGGGUCCCAGGAAUCCCAGCCUCGUCACCCCAAUGAAUGGUUUAACCACGUAGGGGGACAUGUGGUGAGGGGGGCCGAAUAUCAGACCCAGCGCACCACCCACCCUCCAGUGGCCCCGUUACCGGCUCACACAAUGGCAACAUUGGAGAGGCCCCAACAGCUGAUCCGGCGGGUCCGCGUUUCGCGCCGCCAUUGCAACCACCGAGAUGGGCAACCGGGAUUCCUAGAGCAGCAGCUCCGUGUUUCGCACUGCUAUUGCAACCACCGAGAUGGGAAACCGGGAUUCCUAGAGCGGCAGCUGAUGAGCCCAUGUGACCAGCUAGGAUGGCUAGCCAGGAUUCUGGAUAAACUUGGCAUCUGCCAUGAAUUUUUCAUAUGGAGGCUCCUUUGGAAUGGAAUACAUCCCAGGAAACCAUCUGACUUGAUUGUCAAGGAAAUGCUUUUUGACAGAGUGCCGGUGAUGGUCUGUUGUCCCAAAAGAGCAAGUCCAGAGAACAGACGAGGACUUGUCUGGAUCCACGGAGGAGCAGGAUCCCACGAAAGGCUGUGCCACUUCAUUGCCCGGCAAAGUGACACUGUGAUCGCAUGCAUCGGAUACCCCUUGGCGCCAGAGCACCCCUAUCCAGCUCAACAACUCAGCUGCUACACUGCCGUAUCACAUUUUCUGAAGAAUGCGCAGGACUACGGGGUGGACCCGAAACGGAUCGUGCUGGCUGGCGACAGCAGCGGAGGCACACUUGUUGCCAGCACUGCUCAGCAACUUCUGAUGACAAAGGACCUGCCACAGCCCCAGGCCCACAUACUAAUCAAUCCUUACCUACAAUGCCUGGAUGUAAAUUUACCUUCUUACCAGCAAAACCAGUCCAUUCCCCCCUUAGUCAAGAAAGAGGCUGUUCGUCUUGGCACAAUGUAUCUCUCAGGAACCAGUGCUGGGGUCAAUGAAAUUAUGGCCAAUGCCCAUGUCCCGCAGGAACUCAUGGCAAAGUAUCAGAAAUGGAUCAGUGCAGAACAUAUUCCGGAGGAAUUUAAAGGCCGGGGUUACGUGCCGUUUGUACCUGGUCCAUUUUCAGAAGAUCUUUUCCAAAAAUACAAAACAGUUUUCGACCCCAUAUUUUCCCCACUCCUGGCAGAAGACGCCGUCAUCCAGCAGUUUCCAGAGACUUUCCUUUUAACCUGCGAAUAUGACAUUUUCCGAGAUGAUGGCUUGCUCUAUAAGAAGAGGCUGGAAGACAAUGGUGUCCCUGUCACCUGGCUUCACCUCAAGGACGGAUUCCAUGGCAUCACCUUGCUGAUAGAUAUGGGGUCAAUCCAGUUUCCAAGUACGAGGAAGAGUAUGAAUAGUGUAAUCCAAUUCCUAGAACGAUUCUAGAAAUCAAACAACCUCGUUCCUCUUCCUUGUUCAUCUAGCCCUUACCUUACAGAUCUGGAUCUGAAGAGGUUAUACCCUAUAAUUUCAUUCAUCUGUCCUGCUUAACUGACCUGAAGAUGGUCCACCAACCCUUUGAAGAGACACAUCCUUGCCCUCUCCAGCUCGUUCAUAGCCCACCACUCAGGUAGCCUGGUGUCAGGCUGUGCAGGAAACUGUGGUUUUCCCUCUUACUCAAAAAACAGAAUUUCCCAUAUGACAAUCUAAGUGGCACAGAGGAACAGUUGGGUGAGUGGCCAGACGUCUAACUUUUGCGCUCUCCUUCUCCCUAUAGUCAGGACAGUGGUUCUUUGGAAUAUCAAACUGUUGUGGAAAAAACCACGAUACUUACAUCAGAAGACAAGACCACGAAGGGUUGGAGAAAACAGGCUUUAUUUGUGCACAAUGGUUCAGAGCAUUCACAUGACAAAUUCUGAACCCUGAGCUAUUCUCAGGGAGUAGUUCUUAUAGCAUUAACCACCCACGCCUUAGCCUUAGGGUGGCUCUUAUCUACCUUUGACACACUAAAACAGAGAAGUUUAUAUCUUGAAGCUACAUAAGUAAAAGGAGAAGUUCACACAAACGGUUGUCUUACCACACCUUUCUGCACGGGUGCUA